UCGUAUCAAUAAAGUCAGUAGUCUGUUGGUCGCCUUAAGAGUAAGACGCGUGCGCGCUAACAUACCGGAGUACAGGCAAACAUAAAAUUGAAUUGGUUAACCGUUUAAUCUGAUCGCCAAUUUGAAACGAAAAAAGAAAAGAAAAUACAAUCCGAGUCAGUUACAGUAAUUUUGAAAAAAAAAAAGAAAAUUUUUAAUUUCUCUAAUCCUCUUUGCCGCAUCCGACUUUAUUUAAAUCGCAAUAUCGGUCGUUAAAUCGUGCAAUUAAAUGCAUUUGCAAUUAUUUUCUUUGCAUUAAACAAAUUGGAUUAAUCAAAUAGCAAGUGAUUUUUAAAUAUUGGUUAUCAUUGAUCCGACUCUAUAUGGUUAAUAAGAUUGACGUUGCUAAAAGUAAUGCCGAUAUAAGUGAUUGAACCAUUGAUACAUGUCUUCGAGAGAUAUCACGUGAAAUGCCGUAAAUUUGGCCUCGAUCCUCCAACAGGAAUCCCAACAACACGGUAUCGUUCAAUCAACAAUGUGUAGAAGAUGGUUCAUCUUCGCACAAAUAUUUCUUUUGCUUCGAUUAACCCAACCGAUGCCCGGUAGCAGUAACAAUUACAAAAUCAGUCCGAAACCCUGUUCCGGCAAUUCAUAUGAAGGCACAUGCAUGUUCGUUUGGGAAUGCAUCAAAUCUGAGGGACAACAUAUUGGCAUGUGCGUUGAUUCAUUCAUGUUUGGAUCGUGCUGUGCACAUAAUUUAACCGAAAAUGUUAUACUAACGCAGACGAUUGUCUAUAAACCAACGAAACCGUUCAAUUCACAUAAAAACAGACCGUCACCAGUUCAUUCCUAUAAGCCAAGUUUAAGUGGAACCACCACAAUACAUAGGCCUCAUGGUGCAGGAACGAUUGUUGUACGACCGUCUGGAAUUCAAACACAGAGACCGUAUACGAGUAGGCCAAGUACAACGAAUGCUGUAACGACGGUAGUCAAAAUUCCUAGUCUUUCGGAUAAUUCCAUUAGUGAUUUAGAUACAGCGGCUAGUAUAUCAACUGGUUCGGUUUGGAACACUCCAACUCAGACGGUGCAAUGGCACAUGACAACACAACCGAAUUUCAUUACAAAACCAAAGCCUACACACAUAGACAAAAUAUCGACAUACUGGACGAAGCCUAAACCGACAAAGAAGCCCAUUGCUAUCGAACAAUCGACAGGAUUUCAGACUCUAGACGACCCUCCCAGCGCACAGGAUGUAAUCAUAACGAAACCAAAGCCACAGUCAACCUACAAGCCAACAAAACCACUGACGACAACAACAACGACAACCUCAAGGCCAACCACUACAAGAACUACAACAUUGGCAACCGCAACUACCUCAUCGACAACGACCACUGCAAUUUCAUCUACGGCAUUGGUUGAAAACAAUGAUAUACCUGAGACAACCAAACGGGACACUUUGUCAGCAGCUAAAAAUACUGAAUGUGGAUUGUCAUCGGUCAGUGGUCGUCCCGAGACUCGAAUCGUUGGCGGUAAAAAUGCUCCUUUCGGCCGGUGGCCAUGGCAGGUAUCGGUGAGGAGAACGUCAUUUUUUGGAUUCUCUAGCACACAUCGAUGCGGUGGAGCUGUUAUUAAUGCGAAUUGGAUUGCAACUGCUGGACAUUGUGUUGAUGACCUCCUCACAUCACAGAUCCGUAUCAGAGUCGGUGAAUAUGAUUUUUCCCACGUACAAGAACAACUUCCAUACAUUGAAAGAGCGGUGGAACGCAAGGUCGUCCAUCCCAAAUACAAUUUCUUUACAUACGAAUAUGAUUUGGCCUUGGUAAAAUUGGACUCACCGUUGGAAUUUGCACCGCAUAUAAGUCCCAUUUGUCUACCCGCCCAUGACGAUUUGUUGAUUGGGGAAAAUGCAACUGUUACUGGUUGGGGCAGAUUGAGUGAGGGCGGUACAUUGCCGUCAGUAUUACAAGAGGUUCUCGUGCCCAUCGUUAGUAAUGAUAAAUGUAAAACGAUGUUCCUACGUGCGGGACGAAAUGAAUACAUUCCAGAGAUAUUCCUGUGUGCGGGACACGAAACUGGCGGCCAGGAUUCUUGCCAAGGCGACUCAGGCGGACCGUUACAGGUAAAAGGCAAAGACGGUCACUUCUUCUUGGCUGGAAUAAUUUCAUGGGGUAUUGGAUGCGCUGAAGCUAAUUUACCUGGCGUUUGCACUCGAAUAUCAAAAUUCACUCCUUGGAUAUUGGAAAAUGUUGGAUAAAACUGAGUUUUGUUAAAAAAAAAAUUGAAAAAUUUGAAAAUUAUGUUCCUUUGAAUGCGAGAGAAAGAUUUCUCUACGCAGUUUUUCUUUGCAAAAGUUGUUUGUUUUCUCUUCAUAAUAGUAGAGUGGCAUUUCGUUGCUAGUGUUCCUGUACUGUCACAUCCACAAAAGAUCAUAAGUUUUUGCUCUGUUGAUAAUAAUGAUAGGUGUCCGAAGAAACGGUUUGUUAACAUUGCAAGCCUGAUUUUGUAUCAACGCUCAAAAUUUUGUUUCACAAAAAGUACAUUUCGUACCUAGGACUAAAAGUCUUUUUUAGCGUGUGAGAAGUUUCC